GAGUUCAACGGGGAAUCACUAUCCCUUCUUUCACAUCCAUAUCCCCUUACACUACAUUUUCUCUCUCUUCUUUGAUACCCAGAAUUAAAGUUUCACGCUUUCACUCUCUGUGCAACCGCGUCUCAUCUGGUUUGAAGAAAAAGCUUCAGAUAGAGAAAGGUUUGUGAUGGAAGGAAGCUGAAAGAGUUGGUUGUGUUGGUGUUGUCUGAGAGAGAGAUGGAGUCGAAGGGCGUGCGUUUCAUAGCGUUCCAAUCGAUAUUCUCGAGCGUUGGAUCUGGAGACCUUGAUGGGGUGAAAAAACUGGUGGAGCAAGUGAAGAGCGAUAAAGGCUCAUCGCUUUCUGAUGUGAUGUCCCUUCAGAACGAUGCUGGAGAAACCGCGCUUUACAUCGCUGCAGAGAAUAAUAUGCACGAGAUUUUCUGCUACUUGCUCAAGUUCUGUGACUUUCAAGUCGUCAAGAUUCGCUCAAAGUCUGAUAUGAACCCAUUUCACGUUGCUUCCAAACGUGGCCAUCUCGAUAUUGUGAGGGAGCUUCUGAAUACUUGGCCUGAGGUUUGCAAGUUGUGUGACUCGUCAAACACCAGUCCCUUGUAUGCUGCAGCAGGUCAAGACCAUUUGGAUGUGGUGAAUGCUAUAUUGGAUGUUGAUGUCGGUUCCAUGUUUAUAGUUAGGAAAAAUGGCAAAACUGCACUGCACAAUGCUGCUAGAUAUGGUGUCCUUCGCAUUGUAAAAGCACUUAUUGCUCGGGAUUCAGGAAUAGUAUGCAUCAAAGACAAAAAAGGUCAAACUGCACUGCAUAUGGCUGUCAAGGGACAGAGCACUGAAGUGGUGGAGGAGAUAUUGGUAGCUGAUCCUUCUAUAAUGAAUGAGCGAGAUAAGAAGGGUAAUACGGCUCUUCAUAUGGCUACGAGGAAAGGCCGUUCACAGAUCGUGAGCUUUUUGCUAAUCUAUUCAGCCAUGGAUGUUAAUGCUAUCAAUAAGCAGCAGGAAACUGCCUUGGAUUUGGCAGAUAAACUGCCGUAUGGAGAUUCAGCUUUAGAAAUCAAGGGAGCCCUUGCAGAAUAUGGUGCCAAGCAUGCCAGGAAUGUUGGCAAAGUGGAUGAAGCAAUGGAACUCAAAAGAACUGUGAGUGAUAUAAAACAUGAGGUGCAAUCACAACUCAUACAAAAUGAAAAGACCCGUCGGCGAGUUUCUGGUAUUGCUAAGGAAUUGAAGAAACUUCACAGAGAAGCAGUUCAAAACACCAUUAAUUCUGUCACAGUCGUUGCUGUCCUUUUUGCCUCAAUAGCAUUCUUGGCCAUCUUCAAUUUGCCUGGUCAAUAUAUAAUGACAGGACCAGAUACUGGAGAAGCUAAUAUAGCCCACCAUGUUGGUUUCCAAGUUUUCUGCCUUCUGAAUUCUACCUCCCUUUUCAUUUCUCUUGCAGUUGUUGUAGUUCAAAUCACUUUGGUAGCUUGGGACACAAGGGCUCAAAGGCAGAUUGUGUCGGUCGUUAACAAGUUGAUGUGGGCUGCAUGUGCUUGCACUUGUGGUGCUUUUCUAGCAAUAGCUUUUGAGGUUGUUGGAGAGAAAACAUGGAUGGCUAUUACCAUCACUGUUUUGGGAGCACCUAUUCUAGUUGGGACUCUAGCAAGCAUGUGCUACUUUGUUUUUCGACAACAUUUUGGAACUUUCCGUAGCGAUUCGCAGAGACGCAUCAAGAGAGCGAGUGGAAGCAAAUCAUUUUCAUGGUCUUAUUCUGCAAAUAUAUCAGAUUUGGAUGAAUAUAAUUCUGACAUUGAGAAGAUAUAUGCCCUGUGAGCCAAGCACACAACAGAAGAGCAAUGUUUCAACUUUUUAACUGAAACUGGUUUUACACUGCGGAGGUUGUUCCUAAGUGAUGAUAAUGUUUGCUCAUCGUGAUUUCAUCGUUCAUCUCGAGUUUGCAGUUUGAGGUUUCAGGUUGUACUACUAGUCAAGUUGGUUGAGUUUGCAUAUACUAAUAUCUGUGAUUAUAAAUUAUAAUUAAUAAUCAGCACCUGUAGAUUUAUGUAUAUGUAAUAAGAAAUAUGAAUAAAAAGCACUGCUUAAGUUUUGAUUAUGGAACAGGUAUUAUCAUUACAAAACGAAAAUGAGUUUUCCCUUCCUUUAAAUUUAUAUUGUUUCGUGUACGAAAGUUUCGCUUUCUGUC